AUGCGACGUCGAUAUAAGCUUUAGCUAGCAGUGCUCUCCCCCAUUUGUUUUAUAUCUUCUGCAGCGCAGUGGUACAUAUAUCUGAGAAUUUUGAGCUCCCCACGGCGUGUGACCAUUGUGGUACUCCAUCCAUCAUGGCAGACAGGCCCCCACCAGCACCCGCCUCCAACCACAUCAACCUUCCUCCACCUUCAUCAACAACUUCUAAUCCGGGCUUCACUCCCCGCUCCAGCUCCUUCCCUGAUGACAUUGAAUCCGAUUCCGAGGAUGUCUUUGACCCAACGCCAGCGAACAGCCCAGGCGGCCCCCACUAUGACGACCUCCCGCCUUCCUACGACGAAGCGCAGCAGCAAGCCCUCCACGAUGCGCGGAACGGCAUUCCACCCCUAAGCCCAGAGCACCUGAACGUGAGCGGCUUGCACCUCAAUGAAGCGAGUCCACAGUACGAGAUUCCCGCCGGCGCGCAGGUGCAUGCGCAUCGCGCUGCUGCCGAGGGGCUUGCUAAAGAAGGGUCGCGCAACGUACCAGUCCAGCACGUCCAAGGCAGCGAGAAUGUGCCCGUAGGACAAACAGGGGGGACAGCUACUAGAACAGCGCCACAGCCGGACCAAUCUGUCCUCUUGACCGCAGCGCUGCAAUUCACAAAGCACGAGCCUGACACAGACGUCCGCUAUGCACCGCGCCUCACACGCUGCGUAGCCAUUCCGCAAGACACUACCGUUCCUACCGGACGCAAAGGCAAAGCCCGCGCACGCCGUGAGGAGAAGAAGGUAGAGCAUAGAGUACAUCCUGAUGCACAUAUCCCCGGCGCAUGGCCCGCAGCAUCCACCGACACCCUUCCCACCGACGUCAACAGAAGCGAAGAGCCUGUGCAGUUUCUAAGAGCGUAUGCAAAGGCUCUGCACGCGCAUUCGAUCCGCCCCGCAGAGUUUCUCGAUUUCCUCGACGGCUUGAAUGCGCUGUGUGCAGCGGCAGGAUGUACGCCUGCGGACCUCAUCCAGCCCGCUUCACAGGACUCAAAUCCCAGCGUCGAGCUAGUGAGGAGCUAUGUGGACGCCACGAACGAAGCAUUCUUUGCUCCGAGGGGCUUGAAGGUCUCACUGCGCUCGUUCGUCGCGCUGCUGGACACUGCCCAGGUACCCGAGGAGCGAAGCCAACGUGCGGGCGCGGUGGCGGGUGUCCUCGACCCAAAGGCUACGCCAGCGAUGAGAGCGCAGGCUUUGAAUCCCUGGGUGGAAGCGCUGGAAGCCACCGUCAACGAGCCGAGCAUUGCCGCCGUCAUGCUCCGAGACAUGGGUGAAAAGUUCAGGAAUACAUCUCAGCCCCUGAGCACUUCUACCACACGCGAAUGUGCCGAAGCUCAGGUUCCUGAGAAUGAGAAGACGCGGCUGGAAAGGGAAUACGCCGAACGAGACCGAGCUUCAGCUACGGCGGACAAUGACGACCCACCCCACUCCAUCCCAGGAGAGUACCCAGAAAGCAGCGACGGGCCACGCCCACCAUUUGGAGGCUGGCGCGGACGCGGCGGACGCGGCUUCCGAGGGCGAGGCGGCCCUUGGUCACCUUUCUCCGCGCCAGGCCAUGGCCCACACGGCCCCCCUGGGUUCACCCCCUUUGGCCCACCAGGCCAUGGACCCCAUGGCCCCCCUGGAUUCGGACCCCAUGGACCCCCCGGCUUUGGACCCCGCGGGCCUCCAGGUUUCGGCUCAAGUCGUGGCCAAUGGGCCACUCGCGACAACACUUGGGAAGCAUUAGGGCAACACCUCGGGAAAUGGGGCGAAGACUUCGGGAAGACGAUGGGGGUCUGGGGCGAGCAGUUCGGGAAGGACGCUGCGGCGUGGGGGACUGAUCUCGGGAAGCAGUUCAGCGGCAGGAGUGAAAGUGGGUGCGGCGCUGCAGGACCCAGUACGCCGAGGGCGAGUGCCGCAGCGUCAAGCGUGCCGACGGCUUCGAGAGAUAGUGCAACGCGAGAUGUGCAAGAGACGGGCGUGUACCGCGGGAACUCGCACACGACCCCUCACGACGACGUCGCAGCCGAACUCGAGAAGCACGCCGCGAAGAAAGCCUCCCGGAAGCAGGACAACAAUGACGACGCAUCAUCCCUCUCAUCAGACAGUUCUGACAGCGACUCCGACUCCGACUCAGAUGACGACGAUGAAACCGACGAGAAAGCAUACACCGCCGCAUCCACGUACUUCACCGCGCGCGUCCGCCAGAUUAACGCUGCAGCCGAAGCCUCGCGCGCGAAGGGGAAGAAAGCCCCCGCAGACAUUGAGCGCGAGCGCGCUGCUGCGAUUGAGAAAGCGGCAAAGGACAAGGCGGCCAUGGAGGAGAGGAUCGAGCAGAAGCGGACGAAGCGCGCCGUCAUGCGUGAAUUCCAGCACCAGCGCAGGGAUCUGAAGCGUGAGCAUAGACAGGCGAGGAGAGAACUGAGGAAGAAGGGGUUGGGAAAGAAGAGUAAGGAGUGGAAGGAGAGUAAGAAACGUCAUCAGGAGAAGAAGAAGGCUUUGAGGCACGAGAAGAACGAUGUCAGAAGGCAAUUUAGGGAGGCGAGGAAGACUGAAAGAAGUGAACGGAGAGGAAAGACAACUGUAGAGACAGGUAACGCUGCCAAUGUUUGGGUCGUUGUAGAGAACCUAGCAUAGUCGAGGAUUGUGACGGCUUUCGUCUGAGGGAUAAGACUCUCCAUGCUGCAAAGUUAUGAAUUAUGAUAGCAUAUACUGCACUGUGGCGCGAACAGUCCCAUCUCACUCUCACGGUACCAUGUGCUAACUGUGAAUAUCAAACAUGGUGCUAAGAUUGGCACAAACAAAUGGACCGAUCCUACAUUACUUCGUACCUCGAAUACGAUUGCACGACCUUCAUGCUGCCCGUCUAUGGAUCCAAUCAGAUAUUCGUACGCCCGUGGCAGAUUCAUGCUUUCUCAGCGUCGUUGAUACC